AUGGCAGCUGCAAAACCCCACUCCGGCUCGAAACGCCCUGUCAGAAUCAACAUUGGCGGGGAGAAGAUGGUAACGGUGCUUCCAAGUUUGUUCAAGGUGGCAGGGGAGAACAAGCUUUGUGCAAUUGAUGACGACUGUGAGGGGCAGCCCUUGGACGCUGACGGGAACAUUUUUGUGGACUACUCUCCCAUCGUCUUCAUGCCACUGAUCGAAUGGCUCCGCGAGCUGCGAGACGCAGAACCAAAUCAGGAGGUUCACGCGAAGCUGCAGUACGAGUACCGAACAGCUUUCAUCCGCAUGAUGAAGGCGAUGGCAUUUCCGCUGCGCUUUUUCCGGGUGGCGGGCAUCCAGGCACAGGAGCUGCAACAGAUGGGUUAUUCGGCAGAAUGUCUUCACACGGAGGGAGCGUACUCCAUUAAGGAGCUCGUCCUGAGCGGCUUCAAGGCCUCGGACAUCCGAUGCUUGCCUCAGUCCGAGGAGCUCACAGCGGUCUUGAGCAUGUCGCAGAGGUCUUACAAGGGACUCCUGGAGCAAGGCUUCACAAAGACGGAGCUCGAGGAUGCGGGCCUCAAGGAGCCCACCACCGCCACCAGCCAAUCCACAAAUCUUUUUGUGGCGUCUCCGGAGCUUCUUGGUGGUGAGGGCGUGUCCCCGUUCUCGCAGCAGCGUCUUGUAAUUGGUGCGAACAUGGUAGGAGCUCCCGAUCACGAGGUGGUCUACAUUUCGGAACACGCUGAUGAUGCAGAUGAGGUCGCCAUGGGCCUGGUGUCGCGAGAGCAGGGGCUGGUGGAGCACGGUCUUGUAGACGGGACGGCAUUUGCCCGGCUCAAGCCUGGCGGAGAUCCGCAGCAACUGGAGGCCCUGGGCAAAGUCCUGGGCCUGGCACUGCGGGACUCGCAGCCCCUGGGCAUUGAGAUGUGUGCUCCGCUCUGCCAUCUUUUGACGCAUCCGCGUCUGCCCACAGCGCUGGAGAGCAUCCGGAACAUACCCGACGCAGCAAUGGUGCGCGGCGACAUUGGACAGCCGAGCCCUGCAGUGCCGACAGCGCAGACCGCAGGCUUCACAGGCCGCAGCUUCGAGCUCCAAAGAUUGGGCUUUUCCGCUGAGUGGCUGCGAUGGGUGAGCCAGGAGGAAUACGACUUCUGGCGAGCCAUGGGCCAGACGGCACCCUUCUCGAGGGAGGCACUGCAGGAUGUGGAGUACAGCGGCCCUCCAUCUGCGGAAGGCGUGCAGCAGCACAUGGAGAAGAAGGCCUUGUCGUCUCUGAUCCUCGACGUGUCCCCCGAACUCACUGCACUGUGGCGUGGGCUCCGGGCAGUGCCGGAUCUGACACUCCCAAGCCUCGCUGUGGAGGUCCGAGGUGCCAAACGAGGCCUUCCAGAGAUGCCCGCCGAGCCCAGCGAAGGGCCACGGGCAAAAAGACGGCGACUUGCGGACAGGAGCCCCCUGCAAGAGCUGAUUUCUGGCGGUGUCGACGUGCCUGUCACGAAGUGGCAGCAGUUCACGAGGUACUCCCCGAACAAGGUGGAGCAGCUCCCGGCAGGGCUCACAACCCUGCGGUGGUUCUGGGACUACGUCGCGAAGCUGUCAGGAGAGGAGCGCUCGGCGCUGCUGCAGUGGAUCACCGGAUACCGGCGCAUCCCCCCAGGUGGCUUCCCCGCCCCGGUGCCCUUCAUGACGCUUCACCUGACGGAUGCCAGCCCGCAGCGUCUGCCAACUGCCCACACUUGCGGGCUGCAGCUGGACCUGCCGCGAAACUAUGGCACCUACGAGGAACUGCGAAUACGGCUGAGUUUGCCCCCGGCCACCCUCCAUCAGCCAAGAGAUCCUUGGCCCGAAGCGAAGUCUCGCGCAAAGAAAGGGCGUAAAGUUCACCAAAGGGCUUCCCGUGGCGAAGUGAAAGAUGCAAAGAAGCGGCUGAAAGCGAGCGAGCUCUUGUCACAGGCUGCGGAAAAUGCCAAGUCCGACCUGUCGAAGAAAGAUGCCGCAGUGGACUCAGAGGCCAAGGAUCGGGCCCAGCAGUGCGGUCACACAUUGGAGAAAUCCGCUGCUGGCCGCUUGCUGAGUGGGUUGCGGAUUCUGAAGGCGGACGAGCUUGACUUUUGGAUGACAGAACGACCACUCUGGGUGGCCCUAUCGCGGGACUUCGCCGCGCAAGCUGGCGCUGUGCCGGGCAGACGAGUGCUGGUUUGUUUAUCAAAGGCGGCAUGUGGCACUAUUUUCCUCGAGGAGGAGUUGCCCAUUCUGCAGCGCAUCCGAGUCAGCUUGGAGUACGAGGUAGUGGCAGUCUGGGACGCAGACACCGGUGAGCUGCGGGCGGAGAUGAAGUACAAGAAACUCGUCACGUGCCUGAUCUUCGUCCCGGAGCUGCGUGCUGCAAUCACUGGCGAUGGAGCCUUUAGCCAAGAGAAGCCGCAGGGCCGCAUCGUCCUCUGGAACCCGGACAGCCUGGAGCAGCACUUGAAGCUGAACUGCGCCAGCACUGUGACCUCCGUCGCCUGGAGCGGGGCAGACAAGGUCCUUAUUUCAGCGGAUCGCAGCCACUGCAUUUGCUUGUGGCAGCCCGAAAGUGGGGCCAAGCUGCAAGAGAUCCGCACAGAUGCCGCAUACGUAGCGUGGCUGAUCGCGGUGCCGCCGGGCGAAGAGCGCUCGACCUUCGCGUACAGCCUUUGCGGCUUCAAGGAGAACAUCGGGCGCCUCUGCCUCCACCGCGGUGGCAGCGAGCAGUCUGGUGACUUUGACCACCCAGUGCUUUCGGCAAUCUUCCUUCCGGAGUCGCCAGUCGUCGCAUGUGGCCUCCGAAAUGGAGACAUCCUUUGUUGGGAGCCUUGUCUGGUAGCAUUUGUAUCCAUUUAG